GGGGGAUUUCCCCCCGGCCCUGCCCCAGAAAGCAUUUUGGGAGUCUUUUUUGUUUGUUUGGAGGGUGUUGUUUUUUUUUUUUGAUUUAUUCUUAAAAACAAGAAUGAUGAUUCCUUCAGAAGAGUUAUGGGAGCUCUCAGGCUUAAGGUCAUGAGUUUUUUCUGCCAUUCGGUAAAGAUACAGUAAAGAGAAAAUCUCUUAAAUAUAUUUUUCCUGUCCAACGCUUCCUAUGUGUGUUGGCAUUCAACAGAUGUGCACAAAGCCAAAAUAACCAGAAAAACUUUAAGCAAACCCACUGAACAGUGGCUUCCCUCUUCUGUUAAUGUGAUCUCUCUUGCCUCGUAUACUGGCUGUCGGUCUUGCCAGUACUUGAUCUGGCUCUGGAAAUUAGAGUUACUCAUGCAAGACCUGGAUGCCUGCCAAAAGGGGGAAAAUUUUCCCUUUUGCCAGAGAAAAAAGGAUCUGGCAAACCCUUCAUGGAUCUGGAACACCCUUCACAGGCCUUCAUGCAUUGUUGAAAAGCAAACGGGGCACGAACCCAUUUUUGUUUUUUCCUUUGCAGGUCACUUUAAGGACUUUAAGGAGACCUCCAAAUACAGCCAAGGCUGGUCUUGGUUUUGGGGUUGGCUCUUGCCCCGCUCUGAAGGCAGCUGUGCUUAGAGCUGAGAGGGUGGGCCUAAGUCGUCAUUUCUUACUGCAGAGAAGAGGGCAAGGCUGAAAACAAACCCUGUGAAAGUACGGUUCGCAGAGGAAGUGCUGGUGAAUGGACAUACACAGGGGAAUUCUCUUCUUUGUAUGCCCAAUGUUCUCAAGGUAUACUUGGAAAAUGGACAGACGAAAGCUUUCAGGUUUGAGGCGAGCACUACUGUGAAGGACAUUGUUCUCACCUUGAAGGAGAAGCUCUCCAUCCGGAGCAUUGCACACUUCGCCCUCGCUCUGGAGGAGCAGUACAAUGUGGCAAAGAUCCACCUGCUGCACGAGGAGGAGUUAAUUGAGCAGGUGGUCCAAAAAAGAGAAUCUCACGACUAUCGGUGCCUCUUCAGAGUCUGCUUUGUCCCAAAGGAUCCCUUAGACCUCCUGCAGGAAGACCCAGUUGCCUUUGAAUAUCUCUACCUGCAGAGCUGUAGCGAUGUGCUUCAGGAAAGAUUUGCGGUGGAAAUGAAAUGCAGUGUGGCGUUACGUCUGGCUGCUCUGCACAUACAGGAGAGGAUCUAUGUUUGCGCUCAGCCACAGAAAGUAUCCCUGAAAUACAUUGACACUGCUGGACCACAUUUGCUCCCUCCCUGUCUUUCUGGCAGGAGGGACUGGGGAAUUGAAAACUUCAUCUCACCAACUUUGCUUCGAAACAUGAGAGGGAAGGAUAUCAAGAAAGCCAUCAGCUACCACAUGAAGCGGAACCAGGUGCUCCUGGACCCUCGGCAGAAGCAUAUGCUUGCAGCAGUCCAAGUGCGCCUGAGCUACCUACAAAUACUGGGAGACCUGAAGAUGUAUAAUGGGAAGAUCUUUAAUGCCACCCUGAUGCUACAGGACAGAGAAUCGUAUGUUGCCUUGUUGGUGGGUGCCAAGUAUGGCGUGAGCCAGAUUAUCAAUAAUAAGCUCAACAUCAUAACAAGUCUGGCAGAGUUUGCAAACAUCAGCAGGAUGGAGCUUACAGAGGAGUCUGAAAAAGUGAGCAUGGUGAAAAUCUACCUGCAGGAUCUGAAGCUGCUGACUCUGCUGCUGGAAUCAAAUAGUGCAAAAGAUCUUGUCUGCCUCAUCAUUGGCUAUUACAGACUGUUCGUGGAUGCAAAUGUCUCCAUAUUUACCUGGGGAGAGAAAAAACAGCAACUGCACCGUGUCUCAGCUGAAGAAGGGUACGAAUCUCGGACCUGCAGUGACUCUGAAGACUCCUGGGAGCUGGAUUCCUCCUCAGAGCAUUGCUUGGAUGCUCCUGUGUGCAGCGAGGAGGAGCUGGGAGAGCUCCACAACCUGGACAAGGGCAGCAUGAAGUCCCAACCUGGAGGGAAUUACCAGUGCGAUGGGGGUGACAACGCAACAGACAGCACAUCUGAGACUUCAGACUCAGCCAACACUGAGAGCCGAGGGUUUAAGACGAGUGGCUCUAGUGACUCUAUGGAUGCACUGGAGGAAGAUGAGUUGGAAGCUUGCUCUUCCUCCAGGCCGGAGUUCUUCCACUUCUACACGUCAACAGUGCAGGAGAUGAGCAGCUCAGACAAGAGCUUCUUCCCUAUUUGCGCUACAGGAGGCUCCAGCAGGGCAGAAAACAGAGACUACUUCUGUUUCUUGCAGGUACCACAUGCAGAGGAGCCUGGGUGUGAAGACGGUCCCUCACAACAGAGAGGGGAAGACACUGCUGCGUCUGUGCUGGAGACCAAGCUGUCUGAUACAAACACCAUGGGCUAUUACAGCCUGUGCUACAGCAUACCACCUGCAGGCAGCGUGGAGAGGAAUAAGAUCAGGCAUAGCCCUCAAAGAAGCCCUUGGAAAGAUGCAUCUGCCCAGGAAGAGGUACCAUGUGGAGCAGAGCAGAUGGCAGAGGCGAGCGACCUCAUUUUGGAGCCACCCCCAGGCUUUGGUGACACCAGCUCUGAGGAGGAGUUCUAUGAUGCUGCAGACAGGCUCAGCCCUCCAGAUGGCCUGGCAGCAGGCUACAACAUGAUGUCCCAGGAGGGUACAGACAACUCCUCCUGCAUCCUAAAGAAACCAAGGUGUUACAGCUUGGGGGAAAACCUGAUGACAAGGCAGACAGCAAGGGAGAAACACAGAAAGGAGAAGGAGCUGACAUAUGCCAAGAGCCUGAGGAAGAGGAGAUCUUUCCUGAAAACCGAUUACACCUCGCAGGUCUCCUUCCCCUUGGCUUUGCCAGGCUCUCUGCAGAGCCGCUGCUCUUGGCCACCCCCCCCACCACUCCUUGCUCAGCUCCCCACUCCUCCCUCCUCAGAGGACAUCAAGAAGGACACAGAGCUGGGACUGCCUGCUGCCACCCAGAGAGAUCCAUCCACUGAUCUGAUGGAAAUGGAGCCUGACACCAUGGAAACAAAAUCAGUGACUGACUUGGUGGUUUCUUCCAUUUCAGCUGUUCGCCUGCAGGGUGACCUGCACAGGGAAGGGAGCGUAGGCCUUUCCAUACAUGUGGACAGUGGCCUCCAACCUGCACAUGCUGUACAUCCACCUUUCCUGUCCCUGGAGGAAGCUGUGCCCCUUGCUGGGGGACAGAGCAGAGCUGCCCAGGAAAGUUCCUCCAUGAAGACAAAUACUGGGUGGCCAAGUGAGCAGAGCUGUAUGGCCGCUGGAGGCUGGCUAGCCCGAGUGGCACCAGAGGAGGUGGGUGAGGCAAUGGCAGCCCAGCACAAGGCUGGCCAUGUACCCCCAUUGCUGGACCACGAGGUGACCUGCCCUGCUAAUGAAUUCACACUGCCGCCAUCAGCUCACAGCCCCAUUGUAGCCUCUACCCAUGAGCUGGCCCAGGACAAGGAACUGCUCCCCACUGCUGGGGAGCAAGCAGUGUGUGAGGAGCCUGUCCCAGUUCCCUGCAAAGAAAGAAAAGCUAAUUGUGAUAGCUGUGCUGAAAAUAGCAGUGACAGUGCCUUGUCACAGGUAAAAUGCAGACAAGUGAUAAACAAGGAAGCCUUAUGGAAAGUGCACAAUAAAAAUCACAUUGGUUUUCCAGAUGCAACCCAGCUCUUAAGAGAUUGCAGCAGCGCUUCAGGGGUUAUAACUCGCCUCUCCUGGCUCUCAUCUGGGGUGAGGACAGACCUCACAUCACCCAGCCCAUCUCAGGAAAGGGUAGUUCUCCCACUGGAGCUUUUGGCCUCUCAGAAGACCAGUGGAUGCAUGGAGACUGAUGCUAUCAGAAGGGAGAUGCAAACAUCCCCAGCUGGACGACCCUUUGAGAAAGAAGUGAUAAGCAGUCUGGAGUUAGAUACAGGAGAGCCCAGAAAAGAUGGAGGAAAUUUGGUUCACAACCAGCCGCAGCCUGUUCAGACGCCUCUUCCCAAAGAACAGGCUACUGAGGCGGAGAAGGAUGGUCCUCUGACUCCAUCUCUAGACCUUUCCAUCUCCUCAGGCCCAAUACCUUUGGGCUCACUGGGGAAACAAGCAGGAGAUCAUGGGGCUUCAAAACACUCCUUCCUAUGCUUUAACCACAAGAAGGAUGGGCAGACCUCUUCUGACCCCAUCGUGACCAGGACCUUGGGUUUUCCCACAAUGAAGACGACAUCUCCACCACAGCUUGGGAUGGACAAGUGCAGCUGUCGGCUCUCCUAUAUGAGCUGCUUCCACAGGCCUGCUGACAAGGGGGACCAUGAAACCACCAUUCCCAUGUGCAGCACAUUUUUGGGGCCCCUCACCACCCCACCAUCCAGCAGCUGCAGUCUUCCUGGGACCCCUGUGGGCAUUUACCCAGUCUCCAUUCCUAGGGAUGUGGCACAGUGGGACCCUCAUGUCCAAGCCCUCAGCCAGCUGAAGGACCAAGCACAGAUGAGCCCUGCAGAUUUCUCCUGCUUCCUAGCCUACACCACAGAGCUUCAGGAGCUUGUGGGGAAGCUCUCUGGGAACCAAGCAACCCACCUUCAAGAUCAAUGUGCAGAGCAGGGUGCGGAGAGCAAGGGUGCCCUUGGCUUAGCCUCCCAAGACCUGCUGUCCAGUUGCCAGGAGCUCCUGAAAACAGAGCAGCCCCUCAAAGAGCUGCAGGGUGUGCUGAGGGUGACAUUUGACCAGCUGGUCCAGCUGGCAGUGGCCUGCUUCCAGGUGACACACUGCCAGCAGUGCAGGCAGAGGCAGCAGGAGCUCGGGGCUGCGCUUGGAGACGUGGUGGGCACCUACCACCAGCUUGUGCAGGCUGUUCACCAGCAGCUUUGUGGGCAAGGCUGCCCGGAUCUGGGUGCCAAGCUCCUCGCUCGCCAACACACAGCCCUUACAGCUGCCAUGUUUUGUCUCCUGCAGCAGUUCAGGGCACCCCCCUUGCUGUGAUGGGGCUGUUUGGUGGCACAUGGGUGCACUGGGUGGGGAAGAGCCCAGCCAUGUUCCCUCUGUCCACUACCAGGCUCUACCCCCCAGUUUUAGCCUCACAGCUCAAGAAUGGCCACAGAAGGAUGUGUCCAUGCGCAUCGGCUUAGAUCCCCUGAGAGCUGCCCUGUCCAGGGGAUAGUCAUGGGGCAGGGUGUACUGCUCUCCAGCCUAGCUUUGCACAAUUCUGCCUACAGAAUCCUUAGGUAACAUGCAAACUCCUAGAGUACUUCAUUGGCUUAGGUAUCUUGACUGGGGCUUGUCCCUCACCUCCCAAAGGCCUUGAGGUGGCCAGUUUCAAGGUGUUGUCUUAGUCUUCUUCUGUCACCUGUGGAGAAAGAGAGAAGCAUUUUGCCUGCCUUUCCUUCCCAUCCUCGUACUCCAGGCAGACUCUGGACUCAAGUGAUGCCAAAUCCCACGCUGGCUCAAUAUGGAGGAACCUAGUCUGCUUCAUCCACCUUCUGUAACUGAGGAUGUGUCUGGACUUGUGAUGGAAAUCUCUUUGGGAACAAAGCUAUGCUAUAUUUAACUGCUUUUCCUUGCAAGGGCUGAAGAGGGCUGUUUCAAACGAGGGUGGCAACACUGUAUCCUGCUCUUAUGAUAUGGUUUCUGCUGUCAGCCAGCUCUUCUAUUGCUCUUUGCUGGUGUUUGAGAAAGUCUCUGAUUAACCU